CCGUGCUCACACUCGGGGUCCGCUCCUAACUUCCGCGCGGUCAUCUCUCGCUCCAAGAUGGAGAAGUCGAAAAACUUCCGCAUCGACGCGCUGCUGGCGGCGGACAGCCCCAAAGUGCAGACGUCCCCCCUGGCCCUAGUCACCACCGGCACCGGCAACGCCGCCUCGGAGCUCACCAACGCCGGGGAGCCUCUCCGCGCAGAGACGCCGUCCCCUCCUCGGAUAUCCGCCCACGGCCUCAUCCCCAAGCCGGGCUUUCUCAGCGGCCCUCACGGGUUGGUGGGACUGCACCCCCAGAACGGCGGCGGAGGGAUCCCCGCGCAGGCGCUCUACGGCCACCCCGUGUACGCCUACUCUGCGGCGGCCGCGCUCACCGCCCAGCAUCCGGCCUUGUCCUACGCGUCGCCGUACCCCCACGGUUCGCAUCACGGCCACCACCAGCACCACCAAGGCGGGGGGGACCCCAUCAAGCUGACCGCCAGCACCUUCCAGCUGGACCACUGGCUGCGGGUGUCCACAGCCGGCAUGAUGCUGCCCAAAAUGGCAGACUUCAACUCCCAGGCGCAGUCCAACUUGCUGGGCAAGUGCAGGAGGCCGAGGACGGCGUUCACCAGCCAGCAGCUGCUGGAGCUGGAGCAUCAGUUCAAACUCAACAAGUACCUGUCUCGACCCAAACGCUUCGAGGUGGCCACCUCCCUCAUGCUCACCGAAACGCAGGUGAAAAUCUGGUUCCAGAAUCGGCGCAUGAAGUGGAAGCGGAGCAAGAAGGCCAAGGAACAAGCGGCGCAGGAGGCCGAGAAGCAGAAGGGCGUCAAGGGCGCGCACGGCGGCGACAAGGCCGAGCAAGACGGCGAGCAGUCGGACUACGACGGCGGCGGCAAGACGACGACGAGCAAAAACGGCAGGAUACGAGACUUGAAGGACAGCGACGACGAGGGCGACCGCUUCCUCUACAACUCCUCGGACUGUUCCUCGGACGACGAGCGCAAUCGAACGUGCGACCUCAGCCCGCAGCCUUGAGGGGGGAGGAGAACUUUGCAUGGAAAGCCUUUUUAUUGUUAACAUUUUUAUUUAAAAUAAAUAUAUAUAUAUGAUGACAGAAAGAGGUCAGACAUAAGCAAUCUAUCAAUAUACUUUGCCAACACAUCAGCCGUAAGUGACACUGGCGAUCAGUGAAACUGAAGUGUGAAGAGAAUACAAGAAAAUAUUUUCUUUCAUAAUUUUCAUAAUUUCCUGGCAAAUUAUAAGACAUGAAUAAGUCAAUUGCAGUGACCUGUAAUACAAUAUCGCGAUACUUUGCCAACAUGACGACAACACAACAAUAAUGCAAUAUUAGCUGAAAACUAUUACGAUACCUACAUAACUAAAGGGCAAGAAAAUGAAGCAUAUGUAUGUAUUUAUUUUCUUUCAUAAACUGAUAUCGCAACUACUUGUAAUGAUAUUAGAUGCUGGUGUAUCAUCAUUUCUUUGUUUUGUGACACCACUAGCGUUUAUGCAAAACUGAGCAUUUUUACUUCCAGAGCCCACGAUAAACAUUUUUAUAAAAAAUAUAUCAUGAAUAACGUGUUCAUGAAUACUGUAUGACAAAUUUUACACACUUGGCUGCAUGUUCUCUAUUGAGGUGGGAAUCAUAAUAUUUGACUAUGGGACUAUUGUUACGAUAGAUCACAAUGUAGAUAUAAUAGAAGAAGGGUAAACACAUUAAGCAUUGAAAUACAGUAUGUCCAAUUCUUAUGACAGUACUGAAAUCAAAACUACUUGGACAGUGUCUGACACCGUUGUAGGUCUAUGCAAA